GCUGCCAGUUGCGUUGUCUGAGCUCUUGCAGUGAACUGUCUGUCUUACUCCUGUCUGUAGCUAAUUGCUGGGUAGUGAGCAUUUGCAGCAAUGAGGACAGAAUGCCUUCAGCGCGAGCUGGCAGACAGCAUCGUGCGGAUGGAACCUCUGGAUGAAAUUCGACUGUUGCUAGCUGGAGGAGCCAAGGCAAAUGAGCCAGUUACUGCCCAGGGUCUGCGACCACUGCACUAUGCAGUGUGGCAAAGGUAUUCUGGAGCUGCUACUCUGUUACUGGUGCGAGGUGGAGAUGUCAACGCCCGGGAUGAAUGUGGUUAUUCAGCUCUGCAUUUAGCUGCUGAGCAUGGAUACACAGAACUGGUAUCAUUACUGCUGCAGCAAGGAGCUCGCGUCGACUACCGUGAGCCUACUGAUGAUCCUUUCCCACGCACCACUCUCUGCGAUGAGCCUCUGCGUCUUGCCAUCCGUAACAGACAUGCAGAUGUGGCACGGAUUUUGCUAGAACAUGGAGCUGAUCCCAACAAGCGUUACUUCUUUGGUUCUGAGAUAAAUCUCGUAUCACCACUUGAUGUUGAAUUUAUGCAGCUUCUAUUGUCUUUUGGUGCUAAUCCAGACUCACGAGAUCGUGCUGGCCUAACUCCACUUAUGAAAGCUGCUCGUUUGCCACAGGGAAUGGAGUCUGUAUUGUUACUCCUGUCAUUUGGAGCUAAUGUAAAUGCAAUGACGGAUGAACGACAUGAUUAUCGUACAGUUCUCCACUAUGCUGUGCUCUCAGGAAAUGUGGCUACAGUAAAUCUUCUACUGAAACAAGGAGCUCGAGCAUCAUUUCCUCCAGAGUACCAGAAGCCAACUCCUUUGGAUCUGGCCAUUCUAAGAGGUGAUCCAGAGCUUGUCCGAAUUCUCCUUGAAGCAGGAGCAGAGGUGAAUGCCAGUUCUCCCAUAAUUGGUUCCCCUCUGCAUGUUGCAUGUGCGGAAAACAUACCACACCGAGAAGAGCUUUUGCGUCUGUUGUUGACAGCAGGUGCAGAUCCUAAUUUGUUGGUUGAAAGUGAUGGUGGGUCAAGUUUAAGGCCUGUGCUGUCUGAAUAUGUUGCUUCGUCAGAGCAUGUGUCUCCUGAGAUAGUUGCACUACUGCUCAGAUAUGGGGCUAAGGUUGUGAUGAAGACACAGUUUCGAGACCCCCAUGGAAUACUGAACUCUCUACACAACCUGUCCAAAUCACCUCCAGGACUGUUCUUUCAACUAGCAUCAGCAGCAGAGAGCUUUGAUCCAUGUAUGAUAAAGCGAUCAGCAGCCCUUACAGAGGAACAAAAAGAAUUUCUCAUCAGCUUGGCCAGGAGUCCACUCCCACUUCUUAGUCAGGCACGACUGUUUCUAAGGAGGUGGCUGGGGAAAAGGCUGCCAGAGGUUGUACCGCAACUUCCACUGCCAAGUGUGCUUGUCGGCUACCUGUUGUAUGAGUGGCCUUAAUACCACAAAUGCAACUCAGGUGGCCUCCAGGAUGUACAUUCAAGCUACUCAGCCUGUGAUCAAAAUAUGUUUUUUCUACUGUAUUUGUACUUUAGUAGCUGAUUGUUUUAUAUCCAUGAAAAUUUGUAGAUUCUAUAUAGUGUUUCUUAAAGAAAAAACAUUUUUUACUGUUUAUCACUAUAGAUGUGUGAACCACAAUAAGGCAAAAGCUUCCUUAGUUCAGAAUAGUUUUCAACGUCAAGCAACAAUAAUGCAAUCUGCAAAUGUAAUAUGAAUUACCAUGAGAAAGCAUGUAAUGCCUUUAGGCCUGGCACUAGGAUUGAUAAGGCUCAGAGCACUUAUAAGUGAGUGGUGCCCAAAUUUAUUUCAUUAUAAAUAAACAUUUAAUUUGCUUAACAGUUUCUGAUGUGAGCACAUACUGGAAGUUAAAUACGAAAUUGUCCUUUCACUUGAAUUCUUUUCUACCAUAAAUCUCUCUUUAACUUCUUUUUAAUCAUCUGUCUCUCAUUUCUUCCUCUUCACCAUUAUCCAUUUGCUUUAAUCUUCUUCUUUCUUUAAAUUAUGUAAAUGGGGCACCACAGAACAUUUAUAGAGCAUAGAAAAAAAAACAAUGAGACAGAAAAUAAACACAUCAAUUGAACUGUGCUUGUGCCUAUCCUGAAUGCAUCAUGUGAGGUUGAUCACAUAAUAUAAGUUUCAUCUUGUAAGGAAUUGCAUGCAAUUUAGACAGAAAACAUUUUCAAUAUGUGCGUUGUGAUAACUGCAUGUUUAUGAAGAAAGAGAAAUUAUUUGUUGUUAUGUUGGUGGUUAUUGGUAUUUGUGUGACUUAAAAUUAUUUCUACAUCUUUGAUUAAAACACAUUCUACACAUGUUUACAGUGCCACAAGUGUGCUCUUAAGAAAAGAAUUAUCAGUUUCUUGUUAUACUUUUCAAAUAUCAUUCAUUAUGAGCAGAUGCUUAUGAGUUUACAAUUAUUUGAAAAGAUGUCUCCAGCUGUUGAUUAAACAAUUGUAUCUGCACAUUUCUGGAGAUUUAUAUGUAUACCAGUCUGUUGGUUAUCUCUGCAUAUGGAGGUAGAUACUGAAAAAUGACUGAAGUAAUUGUUGAUUAUUGUGAUUAUUUUUGUAGGUUUUAGAAUUGUAUAUUUUUAUACCUUUGCUAUGGUGUUGAGAUAUGAUGCAAAAUAUAUCAGCCACUAGGCUCAUUAAGUAAUCUCUUUGUGUCACAUUGUUCAAACAACAUGCAGUAUUUCUGAAGUAUUACAACUUUUUAUCUAAAGCUUAAAAUAAAUUUAUUAUGAUGAAA